GUCAUCAUGAAUGCGAGUUUCGUUCGACUCUCAUCAACGAUGAUGACCUCUCACCUUUUUCUCGCAUAUUGAUAUGCUCGUAUCUUGGCUAUCGCCCGUGUACGUUUGACUUUUUGGUUUAUUUUGUCCGCGUGCCUGUCCUUCACUUGUGUAGACCAGCUGGCUUAACACAUCCGACAUGCGGAGAGCCAUGAUAUGGGCAGCUACGGUGCUCAGCCUGGUUGCUGCCGCAUUUGCUGUGGAAUCCAAGAACCCUAGAAACAUCGCCAUCAUCGGCGCUGGUGCUGCUGGCUCUUCGACCGCCUACCACUUGCAAAAGUAUGCCGAGGAAGAUGGCGUCGCAGUCAACAUCACCAUCUUUGAGAAGACGGACCGCAUUGGUGGACGGACCUUGACCAUCAACCCUUUUGGAAACCCGUCAGACCGUGUUGAACUCGGUGCCUCCAUCUUUGUAGAGAUCAAUGCUAUUCUGUAUAAUGCUACCAAAGAGUUCGGCCUUGAGACAACCGGUUUCGGUGACGGCGAUAGAAUCAUGGCAAUAUGGGACGGCGACAAGUUCGUCCUCGAGAUCGACCAGUCCCUCCCCAGCUGGAGGAUCGUGUUGAAGAUCUUCUGGAAAUAUGGGGUACGAGGCCCCGUCAACGCAAACAGGCUCAUGAAGGCUACGAUAGCCAAGUUCCUGAAUCUCUACCAAGCUCCUUAUUUCCCGUUUCGGUCAUUAACGGAACGGGCGAACGAGCUGGACCUCCUGGAAGCAACGAGUCUCACUGGCGAGGAGUUCCUUCGGAAGAAUAAUGUUGCCGACAUCUACGCUCAUGAUAUUGUUCAAGCGAGCACCCGGGUCAACUACGCAUCUAACCUUGCACACAUUCAUGGACUUGACACGAUGGUUUCGAUGGCCCCAGAGGGUGCAAUGUCUGUUAUAGGGGGCAACUGGCGGAUUUUCGAUAAAAUGGUGUCAAAGUCAGGGGCAGCCGUCGCAUUCAACACCUCCGUCACAUCGAUUGCUCUAGACCAGAACAAGGAUUCUGCGUCAGCGACGCCCAAAUACAGCCUAAAGACUCGUGUGUCAACCUCUGAGGCUGCAAAUGACGAGUCGUACCCAGCUCUGUUCGACCAUGUCGUGAUAGCCACCCCUUACCAGUUCAGCGACAUCAAAGCUGCGGACGGCCUUCUCCAACAGCCCAUCGACGAAAUUCCCUACAUCAAGCUCCACGUUACAAUCUUCGCCUCGCCAUUCUCGUUUAGUCCGGCCUUCUUCAAUUUCUCAUCAGGCACUCGGGUCCCGGACACUGUUUUAACAACACUGGCGGAUGGAGAUGUGCCAACCUCUGGGGUUCAAGGCGCCGGAAAGGCGGGCUUCUACAGCAUCAGUACUAUCGGGAGGGCUUUCAACCCAAAGACAGGAAAACUGGAGUAUCUGUACAAGAUAUUCUCGCCAGAAAAGGUCACAGCGGAUUUCCUCAGUUCCUUACUAGGAGUGACGAUUCCGAAGGACUUCACUGGGGAGACAUCAACUGGCGGUGAAGGAGACUCCCACGUAGUCGAGCCGAUCUCGUGGUACUACCCGCAUGUCUUUUAUUCCUACCCCAAGGCGUAUCCCCGUGUGACAUUCCAGGAUCCCAUCAUCCGGGAUGGCCUCUACUACACUUCUGGGAUGGACAGUUUCAUAUCGACGAUGGAGACCAAUGCGCUGAUGGGGAUGAACGUGGCGCGCCUCAUUGUGGAUGACAUAUCAGAUGCCGUGGGCGGAGGUGCCGAGCCUUCAAAGGGGGAGCACAGUCUUGCCCAAGAUGACCAACAACCACACCAUGGGGACGAGGAGCUGUGA